ACACGUGUAAUAAGGAUUCAUAACAAAGAUCUGUGACUUGACGAAAAUCCUGGCAGUAGAGUUGCAUCAGAUGAUCAGAUUCAAGAAUUUUUAGGCAAAACUACACUGACGUGUGUGAUGUACUUUGUGCAAGCCCUUGUGAUGUAGUGCCCGAGCUUCCCGAAGUAAAAAUUCUUGAGAAUUUUAGAUCCAGUUAGUUUAAAUACGAAUCAUCUUGGAAAAUUUAGAGCCGAGGCUUGCUCGAGGUUGUACCGUAACUUUACUCGCUGUCAGUGUCACGGGCCGAGCUUGGCCUUGGGGAGAAAGAGGCAGCAGUGCAGUGCCAGCGCCAGUGGAGUGCAAAGCGACAACGGCCACGACUUGCUCUGGUUAAUGAGACUUAAAAUUUACAAAGUUUAGCGGUUGGUCAAGUUUGAAUAAUUCAAGAUGUUUCCACCAAGAAGAAGAGGGAUGGGACGGCAGCAAGGUCUCGGUCUCCUGCUUCUAUUUCAUCAGCUUUAUCGGGUUGGAUUCAAUAGAAUCCCUCCUGUUACCAUGGCAACGAUUGCUGCAAAUGUCCUGAUAUUUCUCCGUGUUCUCAAUCCAUAUAUCAAGGCUACCAUUAGAUCGCCAUCCAUCAGCAACAUCUGUGUCAGCUCCGCCCACGUCUGGUACAAGGGGGAUUGGCCCCGCCUCUUUCUUGCGGCCUGGUUCCACCUCGACGACUGGCAUCUCUACUUCAACAUGGUGUCCUUCAUCUGGAAGGGUAUCACCCUAGAGAGGAAGUUCGGCUCUCCGUACUUUGCAUACCUCAUCGUGAUGUUCUGCGUCCUGACCAACGGUCUCUUGGUGGCGCUCAACGUGGGGAUAGCGGAACUUCUGGAGGAUAGCUCUCACAUCGUCUCCUGCGCUGCUGGCUUCUCAGGGGUGCUGUUUGCUCUCAAAGUCCUAACAACUUACUACACACCUGUCCAAAACCAGAGGAUCAUGGGAUUGUUCAGCGUACCAUCUCGCUGGGCAUGCUGGGUAGAAUUGAUAUUGAUCCAGCUCAUCGUUCCGAGGGCCUCCUUUACGGGUCAUCUGGCUGGUAUUCUGGUUGGCAUGGCAUAUGUGAAAGGGCCCCUUAAGAUUCUUAUGGAUGCCCUUUGGAGUCUGUUCACAUCAGUCCUCUCUGGUGGUGCAGGCCAGGGAGCGCGGUACCAGCCUAGGACGGCCACUACCGGUGUCAGGGAAGAGGCUCCACCCUCAAGAUCAAACCAAUCCUAUGCUGGGCGUGGCUAUUCCACAGGAUCUGGGUCAGGUGCAGCCCGGUCCAGACCACGUCCUACUGAUUACCCCCAUGACCGUGGCAUGGGAUCCAGCUCCCGGGGUACAGGUGCUUCACCCACGCUGCCCAAUUACCAGGCGGACGAUUAUACCGGUGGUUUGAGCGAAGAAGAACAGAUGAGAACUGCAAUGAGGCAGAGUAUGAAUAAUGGCUCAUCAGGAUAUUCCAGUCCGCCAGAGGGAGGCAGACCAAUGCCUUCCGCCCCACCCUCGGUAGAUCACACACCCCACCUCUACCCUGAUCUGUCCAGAGAGAAUGCUGCCCCACCCCCACCCAACCAACAGAACGGGAUGCAUGCGUCUGGCAUUUCAGCUGAAGAGCUCAGGAGGCGACGCCUUAACAGGCUCGACAGAUGAGAAUGGGGAGCCUUUCAUGAAACGAAUUGUCCUGAUUUUCCCUGACUACUGUGACAAUCUACUGAAAUCCUUGCAUGUGAUUGGCUGAGAACAAACUGGCUGCUCCAUGAAACCCUUCGCAGAGACACCUCAACGACUUCAACAGUCAGAAAAUAACAGAAGAACCUUUCUUGAGACAAAUGUCAUUUUCCCUGACUACUCUGAUAAUCUACUAAAAUUCUUGCAUCCGAUUGGCUCAGAAGUAAUUAGAUGCUUUAUGAAACUCUCCGCAGUGAAACUUAACAAGUUCUACAGAUGAGAUACAGGGAGCGUUUCAUGAAACAAAUAAUCAGUGAUUUUCCCUGACUACUGUGAUAAGCUACUGAGAUCCUUGCAUCUGAUUGGCUCAGAAGUAAUUAGAUUCUUCAUAAAACACUCCGCAGAGACGCCUUGACAAGUUCAGCAAACAAGAACAGAGGAACCUUUAAUGAAACAAAUGUCGUUUUCCCUGACUACAUGUACUUUGAUGAGCUAAACUGAAAUCGUUGCAUCUGACUCAGAACAAAUUAGAUGCUUAAUGAAACACUCUGCAGAGACACUUAACAAGUUAAUCAGUGAUUUUCCCUGACUACUGUGAUAAGCUACUAAAAUUCUUGCAUCUGAUUGGCUCAGAACAAACCUGCUGCUACAUGAAACUCUCCCAAGAGAUGCCUCGAUAAAAUCAAAUGAUUAUAACGCUGGAUUGCAUUGGUAAUUUUGUUUAGUCAACAGUACGAUCAAUCGCUACGCUUUGUGUUACGCGCACUGGACCCUGUAGCAUGAGUAUUUGCAAUCAAUCGCAGAUUAUCAGCCAUUGAUCCUGAUCGGUUGUUAUAGGAGGGAAUUUUCAAAUCCCUGGUUAUGUGUAAGUUGAACAAUAUGUACAUGCAACUGCAACUAUAAUUGGCCAGUGUAUUGUUUGGUGAUUGACAGCAACUCUUGUCUUUACAAAGCCUCAAUCAUUUUAAUGUGAUUAUUUAUUUCUUGGAGCUGACUUUUAUCAUGACCAUUUUCUGUUACUUGAAUAUUGGGCACAUUGUGGUCGAGUGGUUUUGACUCUCAUCUUUCAUUCAGAGGGUGGUGUGUUUGAAUCCUAGCCAUGGCAUGUUUUUACUUGCAUUGUGCUGCACUCAACCCAGGUAAUACAUGUAUGAAUGGGGUACCUGGCAGGAUUAAUUCCUCGAGUGUACUGUGCACCGGAAGGCAGCUCGUGCUAAAGCUGGGGAAAUAACGAUAUUGUGCAUCAUAAUAUAUUAUUUCUAGAUAGAUGGCGCUCUAUACAUAGAAAUCUGUUAUUUGUUAUUUAGUACCACUUGUACAUACAUGUACGCCAGCUGUCUAUACAAUUAAGCCGUGAAUAUCACAGUUAUCUUACAUGUAUGAAUGUGCAACUUUAGAUAGCUUAUGUGAGCAGCGGUCACUUAAAUUAAUUGUAUUUUUGCUUUCUCUUAAAAAUUGAUAUUGCAGAUUGGACCCUAUACAAUGUAUUGCAAUAUUACUAUUAAAAAAAAAAUGCAAAAGCAGAGAUCAUUAACUUAAUUAUUCAAAAUACAAAAAAAAAACUAAAAACAUUCUUUGCAUUUUUUUUAUUCAGUUGAAUUUAUUUCCGUUAAAAACGAAUAACAAUACAUAUAAGAUGAUACAAGUAAAAUUGACAAACGAAAAACGGGAGGAUGGCCCUACUCAGCAGCAUCAAUCAUGGUGUUGCUGUUCUACAGAGGGGUCCUCAUUUGCAGGUACAUUAUACAUGUAUAUGCAUAUCAUUUAUUGUUACACAUCAUCAUGUGGAGCGUUGUGGCCCAGUGGAUUAGUCUUCUGACUUUGAAACAGAGGGUCGUGGGUUCGAAUCCCAGCCAUGGCGUUAUUUCCUUCAGCAAGAAAUUUGUCCACAUUGUGCUGCACUCAACCCAGGUGAGGUGAAUGGGUACCCGGCAGGAUUAAUUCCUUGAAUGCAUGAGCGCUGAAAGGCAGCUCGAGCUAAAGCCGGGGUAAUAAUAAUAAUAACAACGCGCCUCGGAAUAGAAUAUUUCUAGAUAGAUGGGGCUAUAUAAAUGCCUAUUAUUAUUAAUAUCAUCGUCAUCAAUCCAAAGUUUUAAGUCCGGUUUAUCUUCGCCCUUUAGACCUCCCUCCACUUAGCCUGAUUUAGUUCAUCCUCUAUUCUCAACCCAAGCCUUCUACUCCCCUCCUCCAUGUCACAAUCAUUUCUUUUUAAAUCAAAUAUAACUGAAAUAUAUUUUUCUAACACAAGCACACAUGGGUACCAAUAAUUCCUGAAGCGUUUCCAUUAAUGUUGAUUAGUUGCCUUUCUCAAGGACUUAUUGUUUUUAGCGAUAGAAUCUAAAUUUGUGUAUUACACCAACUAACUCUGCUUUAAUUUUCUAAUAACUUCUUUAAUUCUGUGGCAGAGUAUUUAUACUGAUAACAUCAUUUUGAUAUUUUAUUUUAAUUUUGACAUUUGAAUAGUGUCCUUACUCAGGUUUUAGGUUACUUGAAUUUAUGUUAACAAAAUCAUCAUUGGCUCAUGUACAUAUAUUUCUGUUGCGACUGAGACCUUCUUAACAUUCUCAGCAUUUUAUGGUGAUUUUGCUGUAUCUGUAAAGCAUUAGAAAAACACUGAAGUAGGUUUACACAUGUAUUAAAGCCUAUUCUAAGCUUGGGUAAAACAUCGUGCUGUUUUUAGCAGUGUUCUCACUCAGUUUAUUUGUGCACCUUGAGCUAAUUAUACUAAUGGAUCAUCAUUUGAUCAUGUUUUCAGUUACUUGAGGCCUUUGCAUCAUUCUCAACAUGUUAUGAUGGUUUCAUCUGUAUCAGUGAUGCAUUAAAAACACCAAAAAAUGAUUUAUACAUGUAUUGAAGCCAAUUUCACAUUUUGGUAAAUCCCCUCUAGUAUCUCAUUCAUUUUUGUGUGCAUGCCUUAAAGCAGUUAUGUUGUGGAGGAUACAAAAUAAGAAAAGUAUUCUAAUGGAUACAUUUUGUGAUUUUACAUGAUCUAUUUUGAUCAGGUGCCCAAUUAAAUGACAUAUUUGUCCUUUUUUUCAUUUUAUAUGUAAACCACAUCUCAAGCAUUUUUUGGGGGUCAGGGUGCUACAUAACUGUUUAAAAGCACUUGCCCGAAAAAAUCCUUGAAAAAGUAGUUUUACCUCUUCAAAAGAAAGUUUUGCGGUUUUAUUAACCAUUGACCUUUUCUCUCUUUUGACAUGAACUGAUCUACCUUGUUAUUGCAUUUUUUUUCCCAAAGUGAUUUUAUCUCGCCUGCCAUGACCAAAAUUAGGGUCAAUAACAUAUCAUAUCAACCCUAAUUUUGGUCAUUCUACUGUGAGAAUUUUGCUUGCCCAAUUUGGGCAAGUAGUUUUGGUCUUUACUUCAAAAUACUUGCCCGACUCUAACUUUUACUUGCCCUGGGCAAUCGGGCAAGUGCUUAUGUAGCACCCUGGGGUAUCAAAUCACUAAAUUUGUAAGAUAAGUACUAAAAGGACCUUUUUAAAUUAUAGAAAGAUGGAAACAUUAUCAAAAGAGGAUAUGAGGUAGUUUACAAUAAAAUUUUCACUGAAAUAAACUAAAACUAAAGAAGAAGAAGGAGAGGAAGAAGAGGGAUAAAGAAGAAGGAUGAAGGAGAAAUCGAUGACGUAGAAGAAGAAAUGGAGGAGAAGAAGUAGAAGAAGAGGAGGAAUAAGAACAAGAAAGAAGAAGAAGAAGCAUUUUUUUAUUUGCAAGGGUAGUAAAAUACUAAUGUAUGUAUAAUAGUUUAUUUAGUGAUUGCAAAAUCAUGAAAGACAUUUAUUUUCAAAAAUCCAACUUGCACGUUGUAUUGCAUCAAACGUAUUAUAUUUAUCAAUUUUUAUGAUGAUACUGUAUCAUGAUGUAUACUCUCUUAUGUCAUUUUUCAUUUUAAAUCAUUUUACAUUCCAGUUUGGAAGUAAUGUUUUAUGCUGAUGUUUUUUUCCAUAUUUAUUGAUAUAUCUUUUUAGAAAUUUGUUUAUGCCAAAAUCAGCUUAUGAAUAAAUCUGGGUAUUUGCUCUAGAUAGUGAUGUUUUUAUUUAAUGAAUAUUGUUAACUUUCUAUGUUAGAGAAGGUAUGUAAAUAGAUUUGCUAUUUGGCU